AUGUUUCGUAUUAGCAGUCUCGGUGGUAUUAGUGAUUUUUUAAGUAUUGCCAGUAUGGUAAUGCGUAUAUUAAACUUAAUUGCUUUAAUUAUUCUGUUAGCACACUGGAAUGGUUGUCUGCAAUUUAUGAUUCCGAUGUUACAAACUUUUCCUGCAGAUUGUUGGGUAGCACUCAACGGACUACAACACGCUCCGUGGACAGAACAGUAUACAGUUGCCUUAUUCAAAGCUCUCUCGCAUAUGUUAUGCAUUGGUUAUGGCCGAUAUCCUCCUCAGAGUUAUGUUGAUAUGUGGUUAACAAUGUUGAGUAUGGUGACUGGAGCCAUGUGUUAUGCAAUUACCAUUGGACACGUAUCAGCUCUUGUACAAAGUUUUGAUACGUCGAGAAGAUUGUAUAACGAAAAGUUUAAACAAGUUGAAGAGUACAUGGCAUGGCGUAAAUUGCCACGUGAGAUGCGUAAUCGUAUAUCUGACUAUUAUGAACAUCGUUAUCAAGGAAAAAUAUUUGAUGAAGACUCAAUUCUGAUCGAAUUAUCAGAAAGACUGAGAUUGGAUGUUGUCAAUUACAAUUGUCGUGCAUUGGUAUCUUCCGUACCAUUUUUUACCAAUGCUGAUCCUCAUUUUGUAUCAGAUGUAGUUACUAAACUUCGUUUCGAAGUUUAUCAACCCGGUGAUUUGAUUAUAGUGGAAGGAACCAUCGGAGACAAAAUGUAUUUUAUUCAAGAGGGUAUAGUCGACAUUAUUAAAUCAGAUGGCGAAGUACUCACAACACUCUCCGAUGGAUCGUAUUUUGGCGAGAUUUGUUUAUUAACUCGAGCAAAACGUGUUGCAAGUGUACGUUGUGUAACUUAUUGCAAUUUGUAUUCAUUGCAUUCUGAUCAAUUCAAUGCUGUAUUAGAACUGUAUCCGUUAAUGCGUCGUACAAUGGAAUCUGUGGCUGCCGAACGUUUGAAUAAACUUGGAAAAAAUCCCUCAAUGAUAUCAAAUCGUCAUGAUCUUAAACGUGAUACGGAAGCAAUUAAAGACAUUAUUGCACGUGCAACACCUCAACCAUCGUCGGACGAAGACGAAGAUGAUAACAAUCAUCAAGAUCCUUCUCAUAACGAACAUCAUCGUGAUAGUCAUACAUCAGCAAUUCAUCGGACACUAUCGACUUACUUUUUACAAAACCGAAAUCGUCACGAUGUUUUCGAUGAUUCAAAAUUAUCAUCGGAUAAAAAAAAAUUAUCACAUCAUAGUAAAGUAUUUCUCGCCGCACCUACACAAAUUUUAAACGAUAAACUAAAAAAAUCACCAUCAACACCAUGGAGUUUGUUUCGAAAAGGUUUACAUAAUACAAAUGAGAUUCCAAAACAGACUACACCUCCCGGUGAUUCAACGCCCACUCAUGAAGGUUUUUAA